GGCUCCACCCUGCUGCCUGCAAAUUUCAGGUGCUUUUGUUUUGCUGCAGGCAAUGCACUGGAAGCUGGUGAGCUCGCAGCAGGGUCGGUUUGCUGCUGAAGUGACAGCAGUGCACCACUGGUGAGAUCCAACAGACUUCUUGGCUGUGGGAUCAACACAGAGCAGCUCCAGCACAGACCGGGGGAGUUAAAUCAGGUUUGAUCCGCUCUGGAGGUGAAAGAGGCAUCUCUGUGAGUGGAUCAUGGUACUGUGAGGGAGAGCUGCCCCUGUCCCCAGCAGCAGAGCGCCAAGAUGAAAGCCUCCCACAGUGGCAGGCUUCCCCUCUCUACCGUCCUGCUCUGGAUCCUCCUGCUGCACCCAGACACCAGCGGGGCCUGGAAGCAACAUGCCCCUCGCCUUCGCAUCUCCUACAAAGAUCUGCUGAAAUCUAACAGCUCUCGCCUGUUGCUGGCGUCAGGGGAUGGGCUGGAUUUCCAGGCACUUUUGCUGGAUGAAGACAGGGCCUGGCUAAUGGUGGGAGCAAAAAAUCACAUCUUCCUGCUCCAUCUAGACCAUCCCAGCAGAAAGCCUGAGAAGAUUUUCUGGCCACCCUCCAGGGAGCAGGUUGAACAUUGCCAGCUGGCGGGGAAGAACGCAGAGACAGAAUGUGCCAACUUCAUCCGCCUCCUGCAGCCUUUCAACAGGAGCCAUGUAUUUGCCUGUGGGACUGGCUGCUGCCAGCCUGUCUGUGCCUUCAUCCAGCUGGGAGGCACGGCAAAGGAUCCUGGGGCUCCCCCGAUGCAGCUGGUGACCCACUCUUUGGAAUCGGGGCGAGGACGGUGCCCAUACAGCCCCCACGAACCUUUCACAGGGCUCCUCAUCGAUGGAGAGCUCUAUUCAGGCACCUCCAGUGACUUCAUGGGCAGCAGUGCUGCUUUCUUUCGGACCUGGGUUCACGGGGCUGAGCAGAGCUACAUCCGGACGGAGCAGAACCAGGAUCACUGGCUACAUGAGCCCGCGUUCAUUGGUGCUUAUGCCAUCCCUGAUACCUACAACCCACAUGACGACAAGGUCUACAUCUUCUUCCGCGAGACUGCCCUGGAAACUGGGCAGUGGGAGAGAAGGCACAUCCAUGCCAGGGUGGCCCGGGUCUGCAAGAACGACGUUGGAGGGAAACGCAGCCUCAUCAAUCGCUGGAGCACAUUCCUCAAGGCCCGACUGGUGUGCUCCAUCCGUGGGCCCCAAGGCACCGAGACACACUUCGAUCAGCUCGAGGAUGUUUUCCUCCUCCGCACCCGGGACUCCCAGAACCCUCUUGUCUUCGGCCUCUUCACAGUUGCCAGUGGUGUCUUCAGUGGCUCUGCAGUGUGCGUCUACUCCAUGGCUGCCGUGAGAGCUGCCUUCAGUGGCCCCUUUGCACACAAGGAGGGAUUCGACUAUCGCUGGGUAGAAUACAAGGGUCGUGUCCCAUACCCCCGUCCUGGCACGUGCCCCAGCGAGACAUAUGACCCGCUCCUGCAGUCCACCAAGGAUUUUCCGGAUGAGGUGAUCAGCUUCAUGCGCACCCACCAGCUGAUGUGGGAGCCCGUGUACCCGCAGGACCGCCAGCCCGUCCUCAUGAGAGUCAAUGUACCUUACCGGCUCCAGCGGCUUCUGGUGCACAGGGUGGAGAUGGAGAGCAGGCACUAUGACGUGCUCUUCCUUGGCACAGAUGAAGGCAAAGUCCUGAAGGUGGGGCUGGCCGGUGGGGCAAGCCAGGGCACUGAGGAGAUGAGCCUGGAGGAGAUCAGCGUCUCUAAGGUGCCUUCUCCCAUCCUGGACAUGCAGCUUUCACCAAAGCGGCAGGAACUGUUUGUGAGCAGCACCCAUGGGCUGCUCCAGCUCUCCCUGUACCGCUGCGAGCUCUACGGCAAAGCCUGCACUGACUGCUGCCUGGCUAGGGACCCCUACUGCACCUGGGACAGCAAGACCUGUGCCCCAAACUUGUUCACGGAGAAGAGGCAGGCCCGGUGCCAAGACGUGUUGAAGUCUGAUCUGCUCAGCCAGUGCCAGGACACCACAGAGGGAACCUCUGCAGGAGAGAAGCUGGUUUUUGGGGUGGAGAAGAACUCAACCUUCCUCGAGUGCCUGGCUCGCUCACCCCAGACAACCAUCCGGUGGCUGGUGCAGCACAGCAAGGAGCCAGGCCUGAAUGAGGUCAGGAACAAUGGCCACUUCUUGAUGCUGGAGCAAGGGCUGCUGAUCCGCCAGCUGGCGAGGGAGGAUGCUGGCACCUAUGAGUGCCAGGCCGUGGAGCGCUCCUUCUCACGGUCCCUCACCCGCUACAGCCUUCGUGUCAUCAAGCACGAGGCAAUGGAGAUGCCACCCUACAAACAGGGCAAGGAGGUUGAGUUAGGAGGAAACUACCAGGCCCCCCAGCCCCGAAUAGACCUGCAGAUGGGCUACAAGGGGGUCCCACGGGCCCUUGGGGCACCAGGCACCAGCCUCGCUGUCUACUGCAAUGCCCUGCGGCACCAGGAAAGGCAGCGGCAGAAAGCCUGGCACCAGAAAUGGCAGCACCACUCCCCGGAAAGUAAGAAGGGCCGAGUGCGGCGGCACCCUCACCCACUGUAGCCAUGCAGAGCAGGCCGGGGGCUGCCUUGGCUCUGGGGUUUGCACAAGGCACAGGCGCCAGCUCCCUUCACCAAUUCUCCAGUGCCCUUCUUUGCACAUGGGCACCAGCUCCAAGACACCUCUCAGCUUCAUGUGCAGAAAAUGCCUUGCAUUUACUACCUCAAACCGUGCCAGUCCCCUCUGCCUCUCUGUGUGCCCCCACAGAGCACAACAGGGCAAGGGCAGACAGUCUGGACCAGCUCACCAAGACUCAAAGCUAUUUACACCCUGCAAAGUAUUUAUUCUCCUAGUUUUUUCCUUGUCCCUUAAUGACAAUUGUUAUUGGCAGCAAUAGCAAACAGACACGCGAGAAUGGAAACAGCCAGUUUUCAUGCAUGGCUCCCCAACACCAGGCAGCAUCCGGACUCCACCAUGGACAUAAGUGGACCCAGACGCCCCAAGGCAGCUGGGCACAGCCCCCUUGGCCUGCCCACACUGGCACCUCGCACCAGAGCUGGUGCUCAGAAGCUGCUUGCUGAGCGGGGCUCUGGCAGCAGGAGAUCUGGGUUUGCCUGUGUUGCACUUGCCCAACGCAACCAUGUUCCACUUUAAACCACACAUUUUUUUUUAUAAUUUUGAAGUUCAUUUUACCGAAAGAAACAACAGGCAGUUAUACCAACUUACAAUUUAUUAUUUUUUAAAAAAAUGACAUGAAACACAAGUAAAAAUAAAUACAUCAUAUAAACAACAAUUGUUCAAAGUCUCUGUUCUGGGAGAUCAGGCGAGCACAUCCCGCUUGACAGAGAGAAGAGGGAAGCACAUGAUCAUGCGUGGGGCCAACUGACCAACCCACCCUGCUAGAGAUACUGCUCUUUCCAAUCACAAAAAGACAGACCACAAACUAAGGCGGUAGUAAAAAAGACAAAAAAUAACCCCCAAAAUCCAAAAUGAGACUCAUCAGUGGAUUCAUUCAGGCUCCCCUGUACAUGUGGAUCUGCCGAUGAGACUCCAGAUCCGAGCUGGGUGCUACCAACGUGGGCGCCACAAAACUGGGCCACCGUGGGCAGUGCGUAGUGGUGGUGGUUUGGGAGGCAGCAGAGGUUGCUCUCCCUCAUUCAUGCUGCGUCUUCCCUUUGAAUGGAGCGCUCUGUUUAAGUUGCAAGGAGCCCUCAUCCCCAAUGUAAUCUAGCUGGACUACAUUCCCCUUUUAAUCUUUGACCCCCCCACCCCCACCCCCUGCCCUUCCAAGACUGGAUUAACAAACUUCAUCCUAGAAUAGAGAGAAACAGCAGUUGUGACGAUACUUGCUGUACUUGCCCCUUUUGGCCUGGAAACCAUCCAUAAACCAACAGCAAUUUUCUUGCAUUUAGCCAUUAGCUGACAUCAUGAAGCCAAAUAUAGGCAAUUUUUGUGAAGCACCUGUGGAAAUCCCAUCCUUUGCUUACUGGAAGUAUUUCUUUGAGUAUCUGCAGCCACUCCGUCAAUCUCCUAGGUGCUCCUAGGAGCAAACAUGCAGCAGAUCCUGCCCCAGCACUCACUGCAUGCAGGCCAGGCUAGGCUUCACUGCCCCUAUGCCACUGUCUCCCUGAGACACCUGCCACACUGAGCCCAAGAGACUGCUGCCUGGAGAACUACACCAGUUCACGAGUGAGUGGCUGACAACCCAACUGAGCGUGAGGAACUGCCGGGAUGUUCUUGGGCAUGUCACAGUCACAGGUCACUCCCCACCCACCCCACAGUGUCUUGCAGUGGUACAUAUGCAGCUUUGCCCAACUGUUCCUGCUGCAGCCGGAGAGGGAGCAGAAACCUCCGCUUAAGGAAAGAGCUCAGAGGCAGGUGCUCGCUCAAGGGGACAGCUUGCCGCACCUCAGGAGCACACGACUGCCUCAGCGUCUGGGCUGCGCUCAGGAAUCUUCCUUAGUGUCCAAAUACCUCAACGGAGGGUCCUGCACUGCUGUCCUCAGUGUCACCUGCAGCCCAGCCACGAACUGCCAGCUGCUUCCAUCAGUUCAUUGAAGAUAAAUUCAGCAGCAAAAUAAAAAAUUCAACCCAUGCAGGGAAAGCCCCUGUUCCAGGCUCAGAAAACCAAGACAGGACCCUCUAAAGCACAACUACAUGCUAAAGAGGAGAUAAGUCUGGAGCAGAGGGAUGAGGGAAGAGGGAACCCCACGGGAUAGGAGGAGUUUUAGGGCUCAGAGAGACCUAAAACUCCCAUUCAGAAAGAGCCCAGAUAACCUGCACACCCUUGUGGCUUCAAUGGUGCAGAGGAAAUCCUUUCCCACUUCCCUACAGAGGCAUGUGAAAGCUGGUGCCCACAGCCACAUGCCUCCCUUGGCCAGCUCGGAGCAGCUUUGGAAGCUGCCAGUCACUGGAGGAGCCCUAUGGUUGGGACUCUGGGUGUUAUGGCAAUCUGCUGCCCCAGGUGAUGUGACCAUCUCUCACUCAAGGCUCUGACAGAGGGACAGGGCACCCUGCACCCAUGAAAGGGGGUUUCUCAAGGGCUAGGCAGGAAGCCAGGAAGGUAUGUGGGGUGGAGAAGUGCCACACUGCCCAGCCAUGCUCCAAAAGGGUGACUGGGGCUCAACUCAGGCACUCCUGCCGCUCCUGCCAGCCCCAGCAGUGCAGGGACGUGGUGCACGCUACGGCUGCCCGGAUGUUUGUCAGCAAUAGAGGAAGCCCCUUGCAGUGGGUCACUUCCAGGGGCGGCCACACAAUGGGACAGUUGUGAGGGGUUUCCUAGCUGCUGGGGCCACAGAGGAGCCUGGAGAGCCAUCACAUCUCACCCUUGUGCAGGAAGGUUAGCAGUCAGCCCACAAGAAACAAAGCUGUCACCUAGCAGCACGAAGCACGUUUCCUACAGUAGCCGAGCACCAGUCACCUCUAGCUCCUAUGGUUACCGGGCUCGGGCUAAGCCAGGGGCCCACCAGGAGCACGCCACCCAGCAGAAGGGAAUGCACGAGGGCCUGCUCGGUGCAGUGCUGGACACAGGGGCCUCUGCAAGUCUCUCUCUCGUGCUUUCCUGGAGAGGCAACGAGCAGAGAAAACAGCGUGCAGUCACAGGCACCGCAUCCAGAGCCACAGUGCCCUACUGCCCCGAGCCAAAUCUUCAUGCCUCCUCUCAGCACAGAGCCACAGAAAAGCUCCGUUCAAAGAGGAAUCAGGAGGGUCACUCGGAUGAGCCCAGCUACCUUGCCCACCACCACCACGGACCCAGGCUGCGGCAGGGCUCCGGUUACAGUCUGCUCAAGCUCUGAGGCAACACUGGCCUCCCACAGGUCUCACUUACACUCCUGCAGGUCUCAAAACUUGCUACCCUCGACAAGGAAAUCCCUUGCCUAGGUCCAUUCCCCAAAUCCACCGGAAAUCUGACAGCCUCACAGGGAUGCAACGGACAUCUGGGCAAGCUUGUAAUACAAUCAGUGUCACAGGAUUGUGCAUGAGGUGGACACACAGAGCACAGGAGGGCAUGACUCACAGACGCAGCACUGUCAAGUCUUUGGAGAAACUUGCAUGAACACCAUCAGUUAAUUUGCUUUGUUAUUUGUGGGGGGGUUUGAUUUUUAUUUCCAUGGUGCAUCCAAAGACAAGUUGUCCAGCAGUUUGCUCAGAACCCCUCGGUUUUCAACUCCUAGGAUAUGUUAAAGAAGAAAGCACUAUUUUAAUGUUUGUUUUUUUAAAAAAAUAAUUAAAAUAAUUUGCAUAGCUAAACUGUUGAUCUAAGGCUUCUAUGAAGGGUGUGGUUAUGUUUGACAGACAACGUCCAUUAAACAGAGAAAGACACUAGGAAAGCCCCAUAACAUUUUUAUUAUGCUUUUGUACUAUGCGUGCACACACACCUCUUGCUCUCUUUCUCUCUCUCAAGAAGGAAGGUCCCCAUCUUCCAGAGCCCCUUCGAUGCAGUAUGUCAGGACAUCCUGUCCUCUCUUCCUAAACCUAGUUGGUCCCAGCAAGCACUACCGACUGCGGCUUCCACAGCUCAGGAAGUCUCUUUACAAGCUACUGCUGUGCCAAGAUCCUGGCCAUGCUCCAAGAAUAUCCCUCACAGGUGCCUGCUGACACCAGAUGUGACACAGAGGUUCCCGGGUUUCUAGUCUCCAUCCCUAACGCACACACACAUAUGCGCGUGCACAUA